AUGGCGAAUACAAUGGUUGGGAUUAUUCCAAGAUGCGUGGAUUAUAUCUCAAAUGUUACACUGGAAGGGUUUCAAUUCGGGCAUCUGGAGAUGUUCGGGGUUAAAUUGGGUUACCUGCGAGUCAACGGGAAGCAAAUGUUCGCCUUGUCUCAAGUGCUGGCGGAUCUAUUCAAGCACGUCCCCAGAACCACGAUCCGAAAAAGAAUGGAGUACCUGAAAAUCAAGAGGCGUCGCUGCGAUUUGCAAGAACUGCGGACUCUCAAAGCCAUAAAAUCCGUGCCAACGCGGGCAGUCAAAUGCACACUCAUUUCCAAAGAAGACCUGGAGGCUUUGUAUACGGUUUACAAAGCCCCCGAGUGCACCAAGAAGAAACUCAAGGUAAAGGUGAGAGAGAGGGGGCAGUUCCCCAACCGCUCGGACCCCGGUUACUUCUCGGGCUUCUGCAGAGAGAGGACGGUGUUCUUGCGGACUCGGAACCCUGCCGAGCGCUGCGAAGAGGAAUCCAAGACAGCGGUCGAAUCAACUGACAACAGCGGCCUGUUCGAGCGGCCCGGCUGCCGAUCCAUCACCGACCCCAACGGACAAGGCUUUACAAACUAUGAAAAUGUUGGAAAAUCCAGUUUCUGUCCGGUGUACCGAGAGCGGGAUGGGUUUUACCAGGGCGUGGGCUGCCGUUAUUCCAGAACUGUUCAACCCGCCAUCGCAGUUCGAUUCAAUGGGGCGGGCGGUCCCGUUCAUUUCAGGACGAAAUAUUCCUGCUGCAAUCAGAGCAAAAAUGCGGGAAGUGGAUUUAUCGGAAACUAUAAUUCAUCCUUACCGCCGCCAGCUUUGAAGUCUGUGAAAAGGAUGGUGCUUUCCGGAGAUAUAAAGGCUUUGAGUGAAACUCGCUCUGCGCAGACGGAUCAGGGCGCCUCUCUCGGAUGCUCCAGCGACUCGGAUUGCAGCUUGGAUCCGGAGAACGACUCGGAUUGCGGGUCGACGGACGAAGACGAAGAGUCGCUACUUUCCGGCUGCAGCAGCGACGACCAGAGCUCUUCGGCCUCUGAUUCCAGCUCGGCUUUCAGCGGCGCCUCGCUGCACAGCAUCCGCUUCAGGCGAGCCACCUUACCCAGUCUCUGUCACAAGACUCCUGGUGUCCCGGGGCAGCCCGGACCGGAGGAGAGACUGGAGCUCACGGCGGGGGAACGCCAAUCACUUUACGCUGGAGGUGCGCCUCACUCGCGCCCGUUCUGCCGCCAGCCGGGUCACGGGCCCUCGAUUAACGCCGGGGACGAGAGGACCGGCGACGAGAACGCUCUUUGGACUUCAGCCAAAGGGGUCGCAGUGUCACAGCCAGACCCUGCGAGAAAUCCCACUCAACCGCCACAUCUGACCCCAAACAACUUUGCAAAGCGUGGGGCCUCUCUAUCCAGCUUCAAAGAAAGCUGGCGGCCCUCACAACAAAGGGAUUUAUUGCAUUCAGAUGCACGGUCCGGUGCAUCCGCUGCACCCUGCCUCGGCGAGAACUAUUUGAAAAACUUCGGGAGGGACCAAGGAACUUCACCAGCUCUCAACGCCCAGGCAGAGGGAAGGAUUAAACAAACUUUUAAGGGUUCUGAUUUAAACCAGAGUUCUGCAGUCACCAACGCUACCCGGACUCACCUUCGAGCCCAGCAGAGUGACCAGAGCGUCUUCGAUCCAAUCCACAAAUUGGGCCUCUGGAACUCUGGAGAGAGCGAGGGUCCGGGCAACUAUGACCUCAAGAGGAAGCGGCGGAAAGCGAAACUAACCUCGGGAAUCCACCCCAAUGAAAACGGUGGAGUACAGUCUGUGGGAGGCCAUAAUGGCUCCAUCCACCGACCCAAACAUUCUACCUCAAAAGGAGUACAAAACCGCAGCACUUUACAAAGCAAGGCUUCGGCCAUUGGUAGCUGGGACAGUGGUACAAAAAAGAAACAGGUUUCUUCCAGGCGUGACAAACAGCUUACCUCCAAAAGGUGCCCUGCAAAGACGCCCGACAGAAUUCAACCCUGGGUAACCGCAACAGGCAGAAGGGCGAAUUUGCUGAAAGACUCGUCGAGGUGCAAGCGUGUCACUUGCGGAUUAGCAACGCCAGUAAAGAAAGCUUUUAGUCUAAUGGGCAAUUUCCCCUCGCCGCCUUCGCUGGUUGUGGGGGAUGAUGGAGAUUUGUGCCCUGCCUAUUCGUUUUGCUCCGACCAUUCUUGCUCAAUGCAGAAAGCUCACCCAGUGUGGAGAUGGCAGAUCGGGGGCACCGCAAUCCCUCUUCCACCGAGCCAUAAAUUCAGGGGCUUCAGCAUUUAACCCUUUAACAGGCAACAGGCCACGUUUGGGGCUGAACACAAAUUGGCUGCGAAUAAGAUUCUGCAGGGCUGGUGCUAAUGGAAAUGAUCCUAAAAGUUAUUCUAUUUAUGGCAUCUCCAAAAACAAUCAAAUAUCGGGAAAUAUGGUUUACAACACUGAAUGAGAGUAUCUCUUGAUCACUUCAUCCCAACUGAACCUCAUCCACAAUCCCAACAGAAAUCCGUCACAUUUAAGGAAAAUAAAUUUGAGAAAUAUACAAGGUUUCUUUCGAGACAACUGUAUAAUACUGAUGGGGAAAAGGAAAUCAAUCAGAAUUUAGUCCCAGGAUUGUACAAACCUUUCUGUAGCUUUGCACUAUUUAUUUCCCUUGUGCAAUCGACCUAUAUACAUGGGAGUCUCGCUGGGUGAACGUUCAGCUUGCCCAGCGAGCACAUUUUCAGACAAUGCGUUAAAAAGACAAAAGAAUAACACAUUUCAAUUGUACCCUCAAAGUAAUCAGAAUGCAAUUUGGAACCUGAAAAGGAUGAAUGGGAUUUUUGUUAUUUUUUUCUGGAUAAUAUUCUUUAAACGUUAGAUAAUCCCAAAUGCAACAAUCUUUUUUUUCACUUAUUUCAGUUCCCUCGUUCUGCUCAGUAGGCCUUAAUUAAAAGUAGGCAGAAAAUAGUAGUGACAAGUCAAGAGCAGGGAGCAUCUGUCAUCUUUUAUAAUGGGCGAAGCGUUCUCAUAAAAUUUUACCGCAUUUCUUUAUUUUUAAAAUGUUUAUUUUCUCUUAAAGUCGUGAAGUAUUGACAAACUAUUCUGAAAUUUAAUUUAAGACACAGUUUAGUUGAAAUUCCACUGAAGAAGGAGAAAAGCGGGAGUGUCUGUGUGUGUGUGUGUGUGUGUGUGUGUGUGUCUGUGUCUGUGUGUGCGUGCGUGUGUGUGUGUCUGUGUGUGUGUCUGUGUGUGUGUGUCUGUGUGUGUGUGUGUGUGUGUGUCUGUGUGUGUGUGUCUGUGUGUGUGUGUGUGUGUGUGUGUGUGUCUGUGUGUGUGUGUGUGUCUGUGUGUGUGUGUGUAUACACGUGUUGGGAUGGGGGUCUAUUUGACUGUGUAUGUGGACGAACGAGUAAAAUCCUAUUCUCUCUAUGUUACUUCUAUCUCCUUGAAAAUCGGAUGUGGAAUUUGCAGGGGAAACACAGGAACCUUCCGUUUAGAUGCAAAUCAGUUGGACUCCGGAGCAAGAGAGGUUAAUACACCAAGGCACGCAUUACUGAUCAAACCCCCACGCAAUGUUCCAAUCAAUAGUUCCUUUCAGACUGAUUCUUGAGCUGAAAUGCGAUUGUAAUACCUUUUGGAAAUUAAAAUUUAUUCCUCA